CACAAGCGACACACAACUUUUGUUGAGGGCAAUUAUUUGUUUUCGAAAGAAAAUCAGUUUCUAAGCAACUCUUAAAAAUGUUCAUUGCAAAAGUCUGUCUGUUGAUGUCAACAGUUUUGUUCGUCUCAGGCGCAUUUGUCGAUUUUGAACUACAAAAACCGCAAUUGGAUGGAAGAAUUGUUGGCGGAUUUGAAAUUGAUAUCACCCAAGUGCCAUGGCAAGCCUCACUUCAAACGCGUGGUCAACACUUUUGUGGUGCAUCUAUAAUUUCUGAAAAAUGGCUGUUGACUGCUGCCCAUUGUACUGCUGCUGUUCCCAACGCAAAAAAUAUUCUCGUCCGAAUUGGUAGCUCAUUGUACAGCAAGGGUGGUGAAAUACACAAAGUCAAGCGAAUUGUUCAACACGAAAAUUACAAUUCGAAAACAAUUGACUACGAUUUCUCUUUGCUUGAACUUCAAGAAAGCAUUGAAUUUAAUGAAUAUGCCAAAACAGUUGCAUUGCCAAACCAAGAAGAAGAAAAAUUAGCCGACAACACAAUGACGCUGGUGACAGGCUGGGGUGACACUCAUUCGUCUGAAUCAAGACUUAAACUUCGAGGCGCUGAAGUACCAAUUGUAAAUCAAGAAAAAUGCAUGAAGGCAUAUCAACGUUUCGGUGGUGUCACCCCACGUAUGAUCUGUGCUGGAUUCGACAAAGGAGGCAAAGACGCAUGUCAAGGAGACAGUGGAGGUCCACUUGUCGCUUUUGAUAAGUCCAACGAAAAUCCAAAGUUGGUUGGAGUUGUUAGCUGGGGUUAUGGUUGCGCUAAACCACACUAUCCAGGCGUUUACUCUCGCGUUACAGAAGCCCGUGAAUGGAUUAAUGAACAUACGAACGAAGAAGUAAAAUAUGUGUUCGAAAAUUUACGUGUUUACGUUAAUCGCAGUAUUAACAGUUCAAAUCGCCUCAGGCGACUGGUCUGGUCGAAUCGUUGGUGGUGUUCCUAUGUCCAUAAAAACAAUACCGUAUCAGUGGGUACAUCUUUCAACAAUCGCGGCGGUGAAAAAAUCAAUGCCUUGAAGAUUAUUAGGCAUCAAAACUACAGUCGGGAAAGUUUAGAUUAUGACAUUGCUGUAAUCGAAUUAGCGGACCGAUUAAAAUUAAGUAAUUCAAUUCAAGCGAUUGCAUUGCCAAAAGCGAAUGAAAGUUUUGCUGAUAAUUCAAUGUGUCUCGUAUCCGGGUGGGGAGACACACAACUACCCAGCGCAUUCCGAUUUCAAAGAAACGCUCUUAGAGCAGUAGAGGUUCCAAUCGUGAAUCAAGAAAAAUGUAACAAUGAUUACAAAAUGCUCGGUGGUAUCACCCCACGUAUGAUGUGCGCCGGGUACGACUUCGGCGGUUUCGAUGCGUGCGCAGGUGACUCAGGCGGUCCAUUAGCUUGCAUCGGACAAAAUAAAACUCCAAAACUAUGUGGAAUCGUGUCUUGGGGCUAUGAAUGCGCUGCACCUCAUUUUACAGGUGUCUACACUCGAGUACAAGUGCUUCUGGAUUGGAUAAAGGAAAAAACUGUGUAUCGGCCAAAACCUCAGCUCGAUGGAAGAAUCGUUGGAGGAUUUCCCAUGAAUAUCACCCAGGCACCUUAUCAGGUGUCAUUUCAAAUGUAUAGCAGACACAUUUGCGGUGGAUCAAUUAUUUCAUCAAAUUGGAUUGUAACGGCUGCCCACUGUGUCAGCCCUGACUCCUUCAAAGAUGACUUAUCUAUUUUUCAAAUCAGAGCUGGAUCAACUUCACGAAGUAACGAUGGUGAAUUGAUCAAUAUCAAGCGAAUAAUUCGGCAUGAAAAGUACGACAAUAAACUCACUGAUUUCGACUAUGCAUUGGUGGAACUUGUGGAACCGCUUCAACUUGAUGAAACCAAAAAAGUUGUCAAACUACAUAACUUUGAUGAAAUCUUCCCAGAAAAUACAACAUUGUUGGUGACAGGCUGGGGUGACACACAUAAUUUAAGCGAAUCUCGAUCACAAUUACGUGGAACCGAAGUUCCUCUGUUAAAUCAAAAAAUUUGCCAAAUUGCAUACAAUGAGGAAAUAUUAACACCGCGUAUGCUGUGUGCUGGAUUCGAGAAAGGAGGCAAAGACGCAUGUCAAGGAGACAGUGGUGGUCCACUUGUUGCAUUUAGUCAAGAUGACGGAGAGCCGAAAUUAGUUGGCAUUGUGAGCUGGGGUUAUGGAUGCGCAGAACCAGAGUAUCCAGGCGUUUACUCGCGAGUUCUGGCAGCACGAAAUUGGAUAUAUACACACACAGGAAUCUAUUUCCAGAAGUUUCUGUCCUCCUCAUAUUCAAAAUCAGAUGGAAAGAUAGUUGGGGGAUUUCCAAUUGAAAUUGAACAAGCUCCAUGGCAGGUAUCAUUGCAAAGACGCGGUACACAUAUUUGCGGUGGUUCGAUUAUAUCACCGAAUUGGAUUGCAACGGCUGGACAUUGUGUGAGCGGUGCAAUCAGUAAUUUUACAGCUCUCAAAAUCCGAGCUGGUUCCUCUUUCCAUGCCAAAGAUGGUGAAGUGCUAAAUAUCAAACAAAUAGUUCUACACGAAAAAUAUGAUAGAAAUGUCAUUGAUUUUGACUACGCAUUGAUUGAACUCCAAGAACCACUUCAACUCGAUAAAAGCAAAAAAGUGAUCGAACUACACAACUUUGAUGAAGUUUUUCCAGAUAAUACAACGACGCUUGUGACUGGUUGGGGAAACACUAAAAAUAACAGCGAAUCUAAUGAUCAACUUCGUGGAGCUGAAGUUCCGAUAGUUAACCAGAUUCAAUGUCAAAAUGCCUAUGAAAAUCGAAUUAGUGCUCGAAUGAUUUGCGCAGGUUUCUUGGAGCAAGGUGGUAGAGAUUCUUGCCAAGGAGACAGUGGUGGUCCACUUGUUGCAUUUAGUCAAGAUGACGGAGAGCCGAAAUUAGUUGGCAUUGUGAGCUGGGGACGUGGUUGUGCUGAACCAAAAUUCCCUGGUGUUUAUUCGCGAGUACUAGCUGCACGUGAUUGGAUAUAUACCCACAUGCAUCAGCCAAAACCUCAGCUCGAUGGUAGAAUUGUCGGUGGCUUUGCCAUUGGUAUAACACAAGCACCUUAUCAGGUGUCACUUCAAUACCGCGAGUCACAUUUAUGUGGAGGUUCAAUUAUUUCACCGACUUGGAUUGCAACGGCCGCACAUUGCACCGAGCGCAGAUCAGACAAUCUAUCUAUCCUUAAAAUCAGAGCCGGUUCAUCAUUCUACGGCAAAGAUGGUGAAUUGUUGGAUGUCAAGAGAGUUGUUCAGCAUGCAAAUUUCAGCAUGAAAACCGUUGAUUUCGACUAUUCAUUAAUUGAACUGGUGAAUCCAAUUCAACUUGACGAAACAAAACAAGUAAUUAAAUUACACAACUUUGAUGAAGUCUUCCCAGACAAUACAACAUCGUUUGUCAGCGGAUGGGGCAAUACUCACAACUCAAGCGAAUCACGUCUUCAACUUCGUGGAGCCGAAGUGCCUUUAGUGAAUCAAAAAAAGUGCCAUAUAGCAUACGCAAGAUACGGAGGAGUUUCACCUCGCAUGAUCUGCGCAGGAUUCUAUGAGAAUGGGGGCAAAGACGCCUGCCAAGGUGAUUCGGGAGGACCUCUUGUUGCUUUUAGUCAGGAUGGCGGAGAGCCGAGAUUAGUUGGUAUUGUAAGCUGGGGAGAAGGAUGCGCAAAGCCACUAUAUCCGGGUGUUUACUCGCGAGUUUUGGCAGCACGUGACUGGAUAUACACUCACACAGGAAUCUAA